AUGUAACAUAUAAAAAAGAAAAAAAAAAAACAUUCUCAGAGGUAACAUUCAAUUCAUUAUAAGCUAAAAUUCCCAAGGCAACCAAAACCCAAAUCCACCACCAAAACCAAAAACCAAGAAAAGAAAAGAAUUGCGGCUUUCUCCUUCUUUCUCUUAAUUAAUAUUUCCUCUUUCCCUCUCCUCCAUUUCCGUACCCUUCUCUCUCUCUCUGUGCAAAUUAUUGCAGGCUUAUUGGCCAUGUUCUUCCAUACGAUCUUCCUUCUCUUUGUUCUCUCUUUCUCAGGAUUUGGGGGUUUAAGAGAGGCUACGUCGCUGGGCAUAAACUACGGCCAAAUAGGCAACAAUUUACCGCCACCAGACAAGGUUCUGGACAUGUUAACAGCCUUGAGGAUUACAAAGGCAAGAAUUUACGACACAAAUCCACAGGUUCUGUCCGCCUUCGCCAACUCCAAGGUUGAGCUCAUCGUAACCGUCGAAAAUGCCAUGGCCAGAAUGGGGUUCGGGGGGAUCGAGGUGCGCGUGUCGGAGACCGGGUGGCCCUCACGAGGGGACCCGAACGAGGUCGGUGCCACCGCAGCCAAUGCAGCCAAUUACAAUAGGAACUUGUUGAGGAGACAAAUGGCUAACGAAGGCACGCCGCUGCGCCCCAACAUGCGCCUUGAGAUUUACCUCUUUGCUUUGUUCAAUGAAAAUAUGAAGCCCGGUCCCACUUCUGAACGCAAUUACGGCCUUUACCAGCCUGAUGGCACCAUGGCCUACAAUGUUGGCCUCUCCUCCUUCAAGGGCACCUCCUCCUCCCCUUCUUCUGCCUCGGUUUCUCUUACAUCUUCUGCCGAUCUAAAGGGUGCAACCAUGGGAUAUUGUCAAAGCUUGGUGUACUGGAUGUUUGUGUAUUUGCUGACCUCUCGAGUUUUUAUUAGAGGACCGUUUUAAGCCAAAGUGUCUCUCUUAAUCUUAUGUAAUUAAAAUUAGG